AUCUUGUAGAUUGAUAGAUUAUAAAUGAAUGCAUAUAUAUUACAUUGAAUAAAUAGCGUAAUUCUCAAAAACAUUAAAAAGUGUAUUUAAACGGCUGUUUCCCGAAUAAAGGAUUUUUCAUUUUAAUGAUGAAAGAAAGGGAAGGGGUGCGUUUCACGUGAACCUAGCGUUGGCAAAUGUUUGUUUACAUCUGUUUAUCACGCAGACUUCAUGACCGUGCUCGUGCAAUUUAACCUCCCCUAAGCGCAGACUGUAAAUUAGCGUAAUAUUUAUUAGCAAAUAUAUGUAGCCUAAACAACAUAUCAAAUAUCUAAUUUUUAUUUUAGCAAUGGGUAUAGGGGAAGAAAGUACAGUAAGAAUGCGUCGAGCGAAAAGCGUGACACAAGUUGAAGGGGUAUCACAGAAAGAAAACAGAAUUCGUGCUGUGCAGCCGGAUAAACCUAUUCACAAGCAGAGGGACUCCUUACUUAGUUCCUCAAGUGGAUAUACAAAUUACAGAGGUGUUCUGAAUCUAUGUAUCGUGUUAUUGGUUCUUUCCAAUGCCCGUGUUGCCUUAGAAAACAUUAUUAAGUAUGGGAUACUGAUUGAUCCUGUUCAAUGGUUCACAGUAUUUUUAAAUAAGCCCACAGAAUCCCCUUCCAUACUCAUAUUAUUAGGACUGACUGUUGUUCCACUGUUAUCAUUAGGUAUAGAAAAAUUGCUUUCAAAGGGUCGACUAAAUGAGCAAAUUGGUUUUGUAUUAAUUGUUGCUUUACUCACUGCUGAAGUUCUGCUUCCACCUUUAGUAGUCUACUUGACAGAUUGUCAUGCAGUUGCUGCUUCCUUUGUGUUAGGAUUUGUGAGCAUUGUUUUUCUCAAGCUAAUAUCUUAUCAUAUGGUGAAUUAUUGGUGUAGAGAAAAAAGAGUUCCUGCUGAGAAAACUCGCAGACGCAGUGUUUCAUCUGACAGGGGUAGACCAAGAGGAACAGAUGUUGGAAAUGGUACUAUUUCUUCGACAUUAGUACAUUAUCCUGAUAACUUGAAUUUAAAAGAUGCAUAUUAUUUUCUGUUUGCUCCUACAUUGUGCUAUGAGCUGAAUUUUCCACGUACAGCUCGUAUCAGGAAACGAUUUUUGGUUAAACGUCUUUUGGAAAUGCUGUUUCUUUCCCAACUUAUUCUGUGUUUAGUGCAACAAUGGAUCGUGCCUACUAUCAAUAAUUCUUUGAAACCGUUACAGGAAAUGGAUUAUUCACGAAUGCUGGAGCGGCUUCUAAAACUAGCAGUGCCAAAUCAUUUUAUAUGGCUUAUAUUCUUUUAUUGGUUUUUCCAUUCUUCAUUGAAUGCAGUCGCUGAAAUCUUGAGGUUUGGAGACAGAUAUUUUUACAACGAUUGGUGGAAUGCUGAAUCAGUGCAGUAUUUUUGGCAGAAUUGGAAUAUUCCUGUCCAUAAGUGGUGUGUAAGACAUUUGUAUAUACCUCUUUUGAAUUUUGGUUUCACAAAGCCCCAAGCAGCUGCUGCUGUGUUCUUUGUAUCUGCUUUCUUCCAUGAGUAUCUUGUAAGUGUUCCUCUAAAGAUGUUUAGGAUCUGGGCUUUUCUUGGAAUGGUUGGCCAAUUGCCAUACUCCAAGUUUGUGGGGAAGUACUUACAUAAUCAAUAUGGUAACAUGGCAGUAUGGAUUUCCUUGAUCAUUGGUCAGCCACUUUGUAUCCUGAUGUACUACCAUGAUUACUAUGUGAUAAAUUACCAAAAUGUGGAAGCUGCACAAUAAAGGGAUUAUUGUUUAUACUUAAAAUGUGAUUAUACUGUACCUGUCGCUAUGGCAUUUGAAUUUGGAACAGUUUGAAAGAGGUGCUGCUGUUAAAUAAUAUUUUACAAAUGGUUGUGUGACAAUGUAUGUCUUUUACCUUUUUUGGUGUUACUAUUUUCAUAUUUGCUUGACUUAAAUUUAUAUAUAUAUGUCUUCAUUUGAUCUAAAUUGUUGAAUUAAUUUUUUAAAAUACGUAAAGAAGCAUUUUCUGAUGUGACAGAGAUUGUUAUUAGUUGAAGAAAUUUCUUUUACUAUACCUCAAAGUAAAUUUAUGUUACCUCAAAGUAAAUUUAUGUUUAUUUGUAGUAAAAUGUGUUGAUUUGUAUGUGGGGAAGGAUGAUUUCUUUAGUGUACGGUUUUGCAUUGUUAAUCACUAAAGUGAAGAUGUAUGGCUAUAUUUUUAUAUUAAAAAUGCAUAUGUACUGUUUUUACUAAAAUUACUUUAAGAUCUUGAAAUUUUCACAGAAUUGUCGAGUUUAUAUUUUGUGUAAUUGUGUUUUUUGUUGAAAUUUUUUGAUUAUAUGGUGCUGCAAGUUUUUGACCAAAGAUGUCAUUAUGUUUUGUCUGUUAAUUGUAUAUUGAAUUAUAUAUAUUUUUUCUUAAUCAUUUUAUUUGGAUUGUAUAUGUGCUGCAUCAAAUGUGUGACUUCUGAGAUUGCUUAUCUCUGUUUAAAUGAUGAAAUAUAUCUGUAUGUUUUUAAUACAUUGGAAUAUUUUUAUAUAAAUCUGUUUUAGAUGGUUUGGGUUAAUUGGGAACAUCUAGUGGAAAUUAGGACUUAUAUCAUGCUUCUAAUGUAAUAAAAAUACUAUAAUAAAUUAUAUGAAUUUUAUUAUUAUAUGCUUAAUUCACUUCCCAUCUAAAAAUAACUGAAAAUAAAAAAAUAACUGAAACAAUUAUUUAUAAUUUUAGAUUCAAUUUGUAGUGCUUAAACUUGAUUGAAUUUUAAUAUUUCGCUUGGAAGUUCAUAUUGCUUAUUACAAGGAUAAACAAAUAAUAUUUCAAUGAAGUGUAAACUUCUUUCUAAUAGGAAUUAAAAAGAAAAAAAUAUGAACUGUUCUGUCAUUUGUUAAAUGUACCUAAAAACAGCAAUAGCUGAAUUGUAAAUAUUUCUUGCAGUAAGAAAAUAAUAUCUAAUUUUAAUAUUCUUCCAUUUUAGGUUAUGGUUAAAGUUAAUUAGAUAAGAAAGACUAAAAAUACAAAUUUCAGUUUUCUUUUCUAUGUAAUUUCUCUUCUUUAUU